AUGGCUUCCGAGCAACCAAUUGUGCCGCCCAAGCGGGCCAAUACGGAUUAUCCUUUGAUUGAUUCCGAUCCGCAUCUGCGACGAGUCUUCGGGUAUGCUCGGCCUUCCGAUUAUGCCGUGGCCGGUGGUAUGGCCUCCGUUUCUCCCAUUGCCUUCUGGGUCAUGGAGCGAGUGAGCCCAUCCUACGUCGGCCGCGGGGGGUUCCCGCCGGUCAUGCGACUCGCAACAGCCAUUGGUUUGAUUGGUGGCCUUCACAUCUUCUACCAGCGGUCUACUCAACGCUUUUACGGAUUCACCGAGAACUCGCGCGAGGUCGAGAAAGAUAUGCGUGAGAUGGUUGACAAGGUCAAGAGUGGUCAGCCCCUGUACGGCACCUCGAGCGUGUCCUCCUAUCUUCAGGGUGUGGCCGCCCGCAACUCCCGGUACUCGGAGUUGUUCGUCCACAUCAUCCCGUGGUUCAACCUUGUCAAUCACGACCAGCACGGUAUCGACACGGCAAAAUAUUACCAGCAAGCUGAGCGGGAGCUAGAGGCAGAGCGUCUGGCCAAGGGGUCUGCAUAA